CCGCUCGCCAUGCUUCCAAGCAGGGGAAUCGCGCGGUCCCUCCCCUCGACCGGGCCGGCGCGGCGGCAGCUCCAAAGCCGGUGGACAAAAUCAUCUUCACCGAGCGCAUUGUCGCUGCGCAUUCGCAAUGGGCGACAGUUCGGCACAGUCAUCGCGGCUUCGUCCGGGAGCUCUCCGCUCCGGAGCCGGUCCAUAGCCGCACCGAUGAUGCUCGGCGGCAUGGCUUCGUCCUCGCGCGCCUUCUCCCUCUGGGGCUGGGGCGGCGGCAAGAAGGACGUGGCCGCGCCGGUGCAUGACCCUGCAGCCGCCACAGCGUCAUCACCAACACCAACACCACUGUCAUCAACAUCAACAUCAGCAUCAACAUCCACCAACACCCUUCCCCCCCCCACGGACAUCGCCGCUCCAACCUUCGGACCGACAGCCAGAGGCCCAAUCAACCCGAUGACCGACAUACAAUUAUAUCCCGAGGUGGCAUCAGGCGACGUGCUCAGCAGCGGUGUGGACAUUACCAAAAUACCCGAGACGCUCGGCUACCUGCACGCCCUCGGCCUCGACUACGGCUGGGGCCCGACGUCGGCCAUGCAGUGGGUGCUCGAGCACGUCCACAUCUGGACGGGCCUCGGCUGGGGCGCCUCCAUCAUGGCCACGGCCGUCCUGCUCCGCCUCGUCAUGUUCUUCCCCCAGGUCCGCAGCCUGCAGUUCAACGGCGUCAUGCAGAAGAUGCGCAAGGAUCCGCGCUCCCAGGAGGCCAUGAAGCUCAUCCAGCAGGGCCUCCAGGAGCGCGACAUGGAGAUGCGCCAGAGGGGCCAGUACCUCAACAAGAUGCUCAAGCAGCAGUACGGCGCCAGCAACUGGGGCAUGCUGUGGUCCUUUAUGCAGAUCCCCUUCACCUUUGGCCUGUUCCGCAUCGUCAGCGGCAUGACCCAUAUCCCCGUCCCCUCACUCGAGACGGCCGGCUACCUGUGGUUCACCGAUCUGACGGCCACCGACCCGUACUUUGUGCUGCCGGCCGUCGGCACCAGCCUCAUGAUCGGCGCCCUCGCGCUCAACGCCAAGUACACCCCUGAGGCGCAACGGAAGAUGCUCAAGAACAUGGCCUACGUCUUUGGCGUCGUCGGUUUCGUCGGCACCACCUUCCUCUCCUCGGCCGUCAACCUCAUGACCGUCGCCCUCGGCGCCUCCACCCUCCUCCAGUCCAUCAUCCUCAACAUCCCUGCCGUCCGCUCCAUCUUCAACCUCCCCCCCGCGCCCGCCGACGCCCCCAAGACGGUCACCUACGAGGCUCCACGCGCCACGGCCACCCCUCAGGGCAUCCGCGAGCGCAUGUCGAGCGGCCUCAAUGACAUGAAGAAGGGCUUCUCGGAGCAGGUCACCAACUACACGGGCCAGCAUCAGGGCACCGAGGCCGAAAAGGCGGAGCGCAAGCGCAAGGACCUCUUGCGCAAGCUCGAGGAGACGCGCAGACAGCAGGAACGUGACGAGUUCGAGAAGAAGUACAAGGGCAAGCGAUGAGCUGCACCCUCUUUCCCCUCUCUGUUGGCUAGCCAUUGUCGACAUGGCUCCGGAGCAAGACCAUAAGACGGUCAGACAUGUACAUGUACCCACGCGCGCGGCUGCGAUCAUGUGUAAAACCAUCUAGCAGGGGUCCAGCAGUGGCGAAGCCUGCGGACCAGGCUCAAAGGAAAAGAUCGUGUAUAAUAAUAGACAAGGGUAGAGCCACUCUCCUAAAAAUGGAUCAGGCCUGAGG